GUGGCAGUUGGUUGUUUCAAUUUUUUUGCUGAUCCAGUUCUGGUUAUUGAGUUGUUCCAACUCUUCGUUAGAUUAUGGCCCAAGUAACCUUUUCGACUACCAAUCGUAAGGGCACAGUGUUAAAUUUUAACGGUUAUGAGUACAUCACAGCCUGGAACCGUGGAGGAGAUAAAACCAAAGACUGUACGAUCUGGCGUUGUCGUGAGAAGGACCGCUGCAGUGCACGACUGCAUUACAGUAAUGGCAAAGCGGUUGAGCGUGGCCAACAUUCACAUGCCCCGGACAUCAUUAAGGUUACGGCCAAUACGGCUAGAGCGGUGGUGAAGGAGCGAGCUGCGAACACUGGAACGUCCUCGCCAGGUGAUUGACGAAGUGCGGGCUGAAAUUCCCAUCAGUGCUGCAGUGACAAUGCCAUCUUACGACGCCCUUGCCCGAACCACUGGGCGCCAAAGACAGGCUGAAAAUGUUCCCACAACCAAAGUAAACUGUCUGGCUGAUAUUGAUGGAACCUAUUUUUUAAAAGAGACCGCGCGAAAGGAGUCCAUCUUGAUUGCUGAUACUGGCGCAGAAGAUCCGUUCCGCAUUAUUGUUUUUGGGGAUCCCAAGUGUUUUGAAUACCUUGCGCGAACAAAUGUUUGGCUCAGCGACGGCACAUUCAGCGUUAGUCCGCCCAUUUUUACUCAGCUGUACACGGUGCAUGGCGACAUUUGUGGUGCAACGGCUCCCCUUAUAUUCGCACUGUUGCCAAAUAAGUCUGAGCUCACCUACCGCCGCCUUUUUACAUUAAUUCGCGAUGAACUGAUGCAAAAAAAUCAGUCUGUGGAUGUUGGGCCGGAAUACAUGGUGAUGGAUUUCGAGCAGUCCUCAAUUAUUGCGUUUCGCAAAGUUUUUCCCACGGCAAAACUGAGAGGGUGCAAUUUUCGUUUCGGGCAGAGUCUGUACCGGAAGCUUGUCAGCUUAGGACAUGGACCCAUGUAUGCAACUAAUUCCGAGUUCAGCAUGUCAUGCCGUAUGGUGUUCGCUCUCGCAUUUGUGCCUGUAAAUGACGUCCACCGAGUGCUUGCCGAACUUCUAAAUUCACCGGACUUCCCAUUCAAGCAGAAUGACGCUUUCAUUGAAUACUUAUGGACGACGUAUACUGGCCGAAACGUAUUUGCAGGAAACAGAUGCAUUGCCAUGAAGCCGCUGUAUCCGGUCGAAUUUUGGAGUUGCUCGGACAGACUUGCGAACGACAUUCACCGUACAACUAAUCGGUUGGAAGCAUGGCAUCGCACAUUUGCUGACGCUGUCAAUAAGGACCACCCCGGCAUAUAUCAGUUUUUUAAUUUGCUGUGCCGGGAAAUUGUCCACCAGCAAACGGAAGCCGCUGCACGUAUGGUUGGUGCCGAGCCGAAGCAGAAAAAGAAGUACAUGGAGGUCACCAAACGGCUCAAGAAAGUAGCGUCCAGCUACGGGCAGAUGGAUGCAAUCAGUUACCUCAGAUCAGUUGCGAUUAAUUUGGAAAUUUUGUUGUAAAAUCUGGUUGAAAUCAGAAUAACUGAACUGUAUACGUAAAUGAGUACUCAUUACUAUUAUACUAAAACACUAACAAUUUGGUAACUGACAUCAACAUUUUUGGUCAUUUUUAUUUAUUUUUGUUUUGGUUAUUUCUUAUGCUUGUGAGUUCGUUUAAUUUAUUUCUUUGUUAAUUGCUGUUCAGCUGUUAAUUAAUUUAAUCGUAUCUAGAUUCAUCAUUUGCCUGUUAAGUAAAACCAUCCUAGCAUAUGUUGAUAAUCCGUACUAAA